GCUGGGAGCUGUGACCGCAUCCAGGAAGUUAUCUGUGGGAAGAGCUUCUCUUCCUACAUGUUUACUAAACCAGGUCAGCAAGCUCAGUAUUUAGCUAGCAUCUUGUCCAUUUAUCAAACCUCCUCUUUUGGAAUUGGGAACAAUGGAGGACAACUCAGUGUUCUUCACUGACCGUAGCGGACGGAUCACCAGUAAUCCGCUACUGGACCAGCUGCCCAGUUACCAGUCCCUGCUGUACCGCAGGAAAUCAUCAGGAGCUGGCACUAAACGCAGAGGGAGCUCAAGAGGGAGGCUGAGCUCCUCUGGCAGCGUGAAAUGGACCAUUAACACCAUGAGAAGAAUUGAGGAGAAGCAGACGAGUCAGAUAGGGCAGCGCGCUAUCAGAGAACUAGCCUUAAACAUGGCUCAGAAACGUAGAAAUAAAGAUCAGCCUUUGAAUAAGAACCAAGAUUUAAGCAGCUGGAGACAAUGGAGGCAAAACACACGCAGGAAUCUGAAGAGGCUGCGGGACGAUGCUGAGGUAUUUCUAAGCUCCAUGAAGCUCUGGAAGAGGGACAUCCAUCAGAUAGAGGGGAUGUUUGGAACAGGGAUCCUGUCCUACUUCUCAUUUCUGCGCUUCCUGGUUGCGCUCAACCUGUUUAUUUUCCUGCUCAUGUUCAGCUUUGUCAUCUUGCCCAUCAUCAUUGUCCCCCACACUAAAGGAAAUAUCACCUACGACCAGCAUGACGAAACUGAUUGCAGGGUCUAUCAAAGCUCAGCUCGUAGGGGUCUUGUCAACUUUCACACGCACCUUGGGGAUCUGCUUUCUGGUGGAGGCUUUCUGGAACAGACUUACCUUUUCUACGGCUUCUACAAAGUGGAUAAAAUCCACUUUCCAAAAGCCACAUACAAUUUGGCGCUGGCAUAUCUCCUGGCAACAAUAGCGUACCUCUUGUUAAGUCUGAUUUGGAUUGUUAAAAGGUCUGCCACAGGAUUCAAGCGCAACCUGGUCCAGGAUGAGGAUCGCUUUCAAAGUUUUUGCAACAAGAUCUUUGCCGGCUGGGAUUUCUGCAUCACUGAUCAGAACACAGCAAGGCUAAAGAGAAAGAGUCUGUUCUACGAGCUUAAGACUGAUUUGGAGGAGGAGAAGAUCAAACGCAAAAUAGCAGAUCGUACCAGAAAGGAGAAGUGUCGCAUUUAUCUCAUCCGUGUCAUCCUCAACAUUUUUGUCAUUGCCAUUCUAGCUGCCUGCUUCUACAGCAUUUAUAUAGCAACCACAGUUUCCCAGGAAAAACAAAUGAACAAUGUAAAGGUGAAUUUCAUUGAGGAUCUCAUUGUUGAGUACCUGCCAUCCAUAGUUAUCACCUUGGCCAACUUCAUCACGCCGCUCCUUUUCUCUGUCAUCAUCAAUUUUGAAGAUUAUUCACCUGCCUUUGAAAUCCGCUUCACUCUCAUGAGGUGCGUCUUCAUGCGGUUGACCAGUAUUGGUGUUUUGCUGUUCUCUCUCUGGUCCCAGAUCACCAAAUGUGAAGAGGAUUCCUGUGUCUGUGGCUACAACCAUAAACUUUACUCUUGCUGGGAGACCCGUGUGGGUCAGGAGAUGUACAAACUCACCAUAUUCGACUUCAUCAUCAUAUUUGCAGUCACUAUCUUUGUGGAAUUUCCCCGAAAGCUGAUUGUAAAGUACGGGCAGUGUGGACUUGCUAAAUGGUGGGGCCAGCAGCAAUUUAGUAUUCCUCAAAAUGUCCUGGAGAUUGUCUACGGUCAGACCAUCUGCUGGAUCGGCACUUUCUUCUGUCCCAUGCUUCCUGCCAUCUGCACUAUAAAAUACUUCUUAAUAUUUUACAUCAAAAAGGUGUCGCUAAUCAGAAACUGCCGCCCAUCCACCCGGCCGUUUCGAGCGUCCAGCUCCAAUUUUUUCUUCCUUGGAGUGUUGCUGAUCGGCCUGGCUCUCGCCUGCCUGCCUAUUACUGUUAGCAUAGCUCAAAUAAAUUGCUCUCAGGCGUGCGGACCGUUUGUUAACUACAACACCUCCUGGCAGGCGCUUCCAGCUGCAUUAUCACAUCUGCCGGACGGAGCCCAAAGAUUCCUCUACGCUCUCUCAUCAGAGGCCUUUGCUGUCUCUUUCUUUGUAGUCACAUGUUUGGCAAUGUUUUAUGUGAUUGCUCUUGCUGGAGCUCACAAGAGAGUCAUCAAUCAGUUAAGAGAGCAGCUAGUUGUGGAGGGCAAGGACAAACGCUUCCUGAUCCAGAAGCUGUGCCAGGCUCAGGGGCCUCGCAGCACAUCCUCGGUGUCCGGAUUCCAUCCUGGCAGUCCCAGUAGGCUUAGCCCGAGCUACCACACCAGCUUCUCCAGCAAUUACAAUGAUGCAGUGUUUCUUACACAUCCUCCACCAAAUUCUGCCACACCUGUAACCAGGCAACUCAGCUGGUACGGAACCGGACGCAGCGUGCUGGGUGGUUCUGAUAGCUCUUCAAAAAUGUUUAGAAUAACGAUACGGGCAGAUGUAGGAUCUUUUUGGUUCUUUUUCUGCGUCUUUUAUACUCAGGUCCUGUCCGGCUCCUCUGACGACAUAGUGGUAGCCUGUGGCGGAUUUGUGAAAUCCGACGUAGAAAUCAACUACUCCCUGAUCGAGAUUAAACUGUACACCAAACAAGGCUCCUUAAAGUAUCAGACCGACUGUGCUCCACUCAAUGGCUACUUCAUGAUCCCUCUCUAUGACAAGGGGGACUUCAUUCUGAAAAUCGAACCUCCUCUCGGCUGGAGCUUUGAGCCAACCAGUGUGGACCUGCAUGUGGAUGGAGUCAGUGAUAUCUGCACCAAAGAAGAAGACAUCAAUUUUGUUUUUACAGGAUUCUCUGUCUCAGGAACGGUGCUGAGUAAGGGCCACCUUCUGGGCCCCGCUGGCGUUGAAGUCAAACUGAGCCAAGUAGGAACAGAUGAAAAACCCAAGAGCGUGUUCACACUGCCUGGAGGGAAGUACACCUUCUUUAAAGUGCUUCCUGGAAGUUAUGAUAUCACAGCUUCCCACCCUUCUUGGUCUCUGGAAAAGAGUAAGACCGCCGUGCAUGUCUCCAAUGCCAACGCUCUGGCCUCCGAGCAUCUGUUGGUCGGAGGUUACGAUGUCUCUGGGGAGGUCCGCAGUGAUGGAGAGCCCAUGAAGGAGGUCACCUUUCUGCUGUACUCGGCCACGGUCAGAGGAGAGGACAUCAGUGGCUGUAACAUGUCUCCAGUGGACGGAGCGGACCUGGAGGACAGCUCUCUCGUCUACCUGUGCAGCACUCAGUCAAGGAAUGAUGGCAUCUUCACUUUUCCUUCAUUGGCCAGUGGCGAGUACACCGUUGUGCCUUUCUACCGAGGAGAAAGGAUCACUUUCGAUGUUGCUCCCUCUAGGAUGAACUUUAAGGUGGAACACAACAGCUUAAAACUCGAGCCCAUCUUCCGUGUCAUGGGUUUUUCUGUGACGGGCCGAGUCCUCAACAGUGUUGACGGGGAGGGCGUUCCUGAUGCCGCUGUCUCACUCAACAACCAGAUCAAGGUUGUCAGUAAGGAGGACGGCUCCUUCCGGUUGGAGAACAUGACUGCAGGUGUCUACACCAUUCGUGUCAACAAGGAGCUCAUGCUUUUUGAGCCAAUCACCGUAAAGAUUGCCCCUAACACACCUCAGCUUCCUGACAUCAUCACAGCGGGGUUCAGCGUUUGUGGCCAGAUCUCCAUCAGCCGCCUGCCUGAGGGCAUGAAGCAGCAGGGCCGCUAUAAGGUCACUCUGACCCACCGGGGCCAGGACAAGGCUCUCAGCUGGACCACCGAUUCAGACCCUCAGGGGGCUUUCUGCUUCCAGGCCAAACCAGGGAACUACAGCGUCCAUGUGUCUCUCCCUGAUGCUGAGGUGAAAGCAGGUCUCGCCCUUCAACCUCAGGCCUUGGAGGUCUCACUAGUAGACCGCCCCCUCACAGACCUCCUUUUCACCCAGUUCAUGGCUUCUGUCUCAGGAAAAGUUUUCUGUCUGGCAUCCUGUGACAGUCUGUCUGUAACUCUGCAACCGGUGAGUCGGCAGGGAGAGAGGAGGACGGUGGCUUUGUCUGGCAGCGCCGACACCCUCAGCUUCAACUUUGACAAUGUUUUACCUGGAAAAUACAAAGUGGGUAUUUCUCACGAAGAGUGGUGCUGGAAACAUAAAUCUCUGGAAGUGGAGGUUCUGGACUCGGAUGUCUUGGGCGUCGAGUUCAGACAGAUCGGCUACAUCCUGCGUUGCUCCCUCUCCCACGCCAUCACUUUGGAGUUCUUCCAAGACGGCAGCAAACCUGAGAAUGUUGGCGUCUAUAACCUCUCUAAAGGAGUCAAUCGCUUUUGCCUUUCCAAACCAGGUGUUUACAAAGUCACCCCCCGCUCCUGCCAUCAGUUUGAGCAGGACUUCUACACUUAUGAUACUUCGUCUCCCAGCAUCCUGACCCUCACCGCAGUGCGUCAUCACAUGACUGGCCUCAUCACCACAGACAAGAUGCUGGAUGUCACUGUCACAAUCAAAUCAUCCAUCGAAAGCGAGCCGGCGCUGGUUCUGGGGCCGCUACGCAGCCUGGAGGAGCAGAGGCAGGAGCAGCAGCUGCAGGAGAUUCAGCUGCGGCAACAGGAACGAGAGCGAAGAGCGGCCGAGGAGCAGGGGGGCGUUAGAGAUGACAGUCCCCCCAUUCAGGAGAAGGCGGAUGAAUUGACGGGCCCGUUUCACUAUGAGUUCUCCUACUGGGCCAGGGCUGGUGAGAAGAUCACAGUCACACCAUCUUCCAAGGAGCUGCUCUUCUACCCCCCUGAAGUGGAGGCAACUAUAACAGGCGAAUCGUGCCCUGGUCGGCUGGUGGACAUCGUUGGGCGUGCAGGUCUCUUCUUAGAGGGCAGAGUGUCGCCUAAGCUCCAAGGUGUGGAAAUAUCCAUCACAGAGAGAGGAGCUUCUGUGCCGCUCAUUACUGUGGCCACUAAUGAGAUGGGAGCCUACAGCGUGGGCCCGCUCCACAGUGACCGGCUCUACGACAUCAGCGCCAGUAAGGAAGGCUUUGUCCUAAGUCCUGUGGAGGGAACCCCUGGAGACUUCAAGGCAUUUGCUCUAGCUGGUGUCACCUUCAAGAUACUAUCAGAUGACGGUCAGCCGCUGUCUGGUGUGCUUCUCUCUCUGAGUGGAGGACAUUUCCGUUCCAACCUUUUGACUCAGGACACCGGUCUUCUCACCUUUAAUAAUCUGAGUCCAGGUCAGUACUACUUCAAGCCAAUGAUGAAGGAGUUCCGCUUUGAGCCGGCGUCUCAAAUGAUCACAGUGGAGGAGGGUCAAAACCUGAGCAUCGAUAUAACGGGCGUCAAGACUGCUUACAGCUGCUACGGAGCGGUGCAGUCCCUGAGCGGCGACGCAGAGAGAGACGUGGCCGUGGAGGCGGUGGGUCAGGGAGACUGCAGCCUCUACAGUGAGGACACCGUCACUGAUGAGGAGGGUCGAUUCAGACUCCGGGGUCUGCUGCCGGGAUGCAAAUAUCUGAUACAGCUCCGAGCUGAGGGCAACGACCACAUAGAGAGGGCAUUACCUCAACACAGAGCUAUAGAGGUUGGCAGCAGUGACAUUGAAGGGGUCAACAUCAUCGCCUUCAGGCAGAUCAAUCAGUUCGACCUCAGCGGGAACAUCAUCACAUCUCCUGAACAUCUCCCAACACUCUCGGUGAAACUGUACAAGAGCGACAACCUGGACAAUCCAAUCAACACCGUGUCUUUGGGACAGUCCCUCUUCUUCCACUUUCCCCCUCUGGAUAGGGAUGGAGAGAGCUAUGUUCUCAUGCUCUACUCCACCCUGUCCCGCUCCCAGUAUGACUUUACGCUACCUCAGGUCUCCUUCACUUCCACUGGUUACCACAAGCACGUCACCCUCACCUUCAACCCUACUCGUAAAGUGCCGGACCAGGAUGUUGCACAAGGCUCCUACAUUGCUCUGCCUCUAACUUUGCUCUUGCUGUUAGCGGCGUACAACCAUGAGAAGGUGAUUCCACUCUUGUUGCAGCUGGUGAAUCGUGUCCAGGGUGCGAGGAGCAUGGCCCAGACCAGCACAGACAGCGCUGCUCUAGAUGAAGCUAAACGUCAGGCUAAAAGACAGAAAGCCAGGCGUACGUGAGGCGGGUCCAUCCCUCACAUCUAUGUCCACUAAACUGAACACUAGCCACAGUGACCUCAAAGAACGAAGAGGACUCGCUUCACCGGCCUCUAGGCCCAUGUGUUGGUUUGCUAGUGAACUGUUUAGCUGGCCAAGGUGUGAUUUAGAUGGGGAAAAAAACCUGAACCCCUUAACAUGCUUUAGCAACACCUCGUCAGCCAAUCGGAUUCACCAGACAAACAUAAAGCCGGGGCUUUACAUUUGUUUGUUUUCCACCAGUUUUUGUCCAGCAUACCUGUUCAUAUUUUUAUACAUUUGGAAUUAAUUAUGGUCAACAUGUUCAUUUUUAAGCUCUUACCUGCCUCUCAUGUUUUUAUUGUUCAGGUUUAGGACUUUCAGGUGUUACAUUUCUAUCUGGGCUAAGGUCAGUUUAGAUGGUGCGCGGUAGUUUUAAUCAGACUGUGGCAUGAAUUCAAUCAGAUUGAAUUAAUUCACCUGUAAAUAUGACACCAGGUGUUCUGUUGUAAACUGAGCUAAAUCUGCUAACAGAGAUGCUAAAUCCUCUGAGUUACAGUGACACACUCCACCUAUGAUGGUGUUCUCCUCUGAAGAUAACCCUUCACUUCAUGUCCAUGUCAGGAAAAGCAUAAGAAGGCAGUGAAGAUCACAAUGCUUUUUUUUUUUUUUUAAGAAGCCGGGGUAAGGGGGAAAUAGCUGAUUAAUUUAUUAACUUGUUUAAUCAGAUGUGAAUGAUGAGUAGUGGUGUUGAGUGCAGCUUUUUGUGUGAUUAUCUAGUGUUAAAAGUUGAAAAGUCAUCCUUUAAACUGUGAGUUGAUGUGACUCUACACAUCGCCUGUCAUUAGUCAAACGAUUAAAACUUUUUCUGAUUUAUGUUUAUUUCCUGUCUAGUUUCACUUUAACUCCAGGGUUAAUGUUUAGCUGAUUGAGGAGACGGGGAGGGAAUCUUUCAUUACUUCAUGAUCUUUUUGAUUUGUUUUGACAAAAUAAAGUUUGACUGAAAAAGGAGAUUAACUGGACUGUUUUAUUAACUUGCCUGUUGAGGGCAGUGUUAUUCUAGCCCCAAAACAAUCAGACAGCUCCUAGAGUUAAGCUCCUUAUCUUA